CCGUGAAGCCAGUUUAAUAAGCGACUCCUACGGUGAGAUUACAGUGUGUAUUUCUUGUUUUAUAGAAAUUCACUUGGCUUCAUUUAUGCUUUCUUCAUAAUUUUACACAGCUCUAUAGUCUAUAGCCAGUUCGAUUUAGUUGUUCCUAUUAUUACUUAAGACGAUUAUUACUAUUUAAUUUUUUUUAUUUUUUUUUAUCUUUACGACGGCUAAGAACUCAUUGAGGAUUUUCGUUUACAAAUAGUAAUUAUUUAAUGAUAAGAAAGUAAAGAGACCCAAACAAUAGAAAGGUGAAAUAAUAAAUAGCCAAGUUGAUAAUUCAUUUUCAACAAGAAACCAAAAAAUGAAUAAAGGGCUGCAAUUCUUUAAAAAUUUUAACUAAAAUUUCUGUACGUGUAAGCCCUCUUUAGGGGUUUUAAAACGUGUUUUUUUUAAAUUUUAUUUAUUUACAAUCAGUGCUUGAGCCCCGCGGGAACGAGAGGGAACGGCCCUCCUGGUAAUUUUCUUGCUAAGAAAUAAAUAAUAAAUAGCCUACAUAUUUUUUAUUAACUAUUUUUAAACAUAAAUUUUUGGUGGGUGGGAUUGGGGGGAGGGGGGGUGGUGGAGUUGGUAGUUUAAAAUCCUUAGCCCUCACUAAUCAAUCAUUGCAGAGAAAAUAGACCACAGGUCACUGCUUAAAACAAAAAUGAUGAGUUAGUCUACCUGCGUUAGAGUUGAUCGAAAAUGGCAAUAGAUUUAACUGUCGACACGUUGGUAGCUGUGCCAAUACAAUACAGGGUGGGCCAAUAAAAGUGAGAACAUUUCGUAUGGUAAUAUUUUACGAGAUGUUCUCACUUUUUUGGCCCACCCUGUAUAUGUUAUAAUAAAGCUAAUAUGGGAAAUUAUUAUUUAAACAAAGAAAAAUUCUUUUUCAUGUUAAUAAUUCAUCUUUAUGACUUUUCCUGAUUUUACUUUAAUAUUUACUAAUGGCCCUGCCUAUUCACUACUACUACUAUUUGAACUUUGAUGUAGGCUACCGUUAGUGUAAAGUUAAUUAUUGCUGAGAACAUUAUUUUAUUAAUAAGCUCUAUAAUCUAUAUUAUGAAUGAUCUUCAAUAACAAAAUAAUGAAAGUAGGCCUACCAUUUGGUCCGAUACAGUGUAGAAAGUAUUUUUUUUUUUAUUGUCAAAGGCAAAGGGGCUUAAAAAUAAAACAGUCAUGCAUUUUACAGCUGAGGUGAAAAUGUGGUGUGGACAGGACUGGCUAAAAAAAGCCUACUUAUAAAUCAUAAAUUUUAAGUCAACGGUAAGAUUUCUAAAAAAAAAUGUAUGCUAUAAUUGGGUUUUGUCAUGAUCCAUAUUUCAUUUUCUCCCAUCUUAGGGACCACCCCUUUAGUUUUACUCAUUAUUAAAACUGUAAAUUAUAUAUGAUAUAGGCCUAUGUACUCUAUAAAGUGAGAAAAAGUAAAGCUUUCAUUUCACAGUAAUUGUGUUUGAUUUAUUCAAUAGUAUUAGAGUUCACCACUGACCACACCACAGAAUCUUGCAAAAUAAAAUGUCUAGUUUAAUUUUUAAUUUCAUAAGAUGAUAAUUUUAAAUUUGACAUCAUUAUUCUUUGCAGUAGUUACUUAGUAGCAUAGACCUGACAGUCUAGAAUCUAGACCAAAGGUCAGCAAAGUAGAGCAGGCAGGCUUAAUCCAAACAACCAUCUCUUUCUUAAGACCAGUGUGCAGCGCUGUAUGAAAGUUAUGUGCUGUAAUUUUGUAAUGGGGUCUCAUUAGAUAUUCUUAUUUGACUGUGCUGCCAUGAUGUUAUAAUCUGGCAUAUCCAUACCUACCCCAACACUUUCCAAAUAAAAAAAUUGACUGUCCCUUCUCUAAUCUAAAAUUUACAUGUAUUUGCAUUUAUGAAAAACCUAUAUUUUCAUGAUACCUCACACCCAUCCAGCAACUUGGUCUUUUGGCCAAAGGUGCCUAAAAUAUUUAUUACUUUUAUCCUUGGCAAAAAAGUUUGCUGACCCCUGGUCUAGACUCAAGAAUGAGAGCACCUGCAAAGAAGCCAUUUAAGAAAGAAGGUCAUGCUGGAGGCCAAUGUAGCUUGUACUGGACUUUUUGACAGCAAAGCAUCGAACAAUGGAAUUUUUUUGUAUUUUCUUAAAUUUUAAAUAUUAACUUCCCCUUCUCUCCUCUCUGUUUUAAGUCUAAAAUUUUUGAACAAAUAAUAGUGAUAAAAAUUUUUCAGAAUUUACAUCUGAGAGAAUGAAACGGAUUCAACCAAAAUGGGAGGCUCCAUCAGGAAAGGACAAACCAAAAUUACACCUUUAUAACAGUCUGACUAGAAAUAAGGUAUGAAUCAACAUACAAGUCGAACUGAAACUUGACCGGAUGACAGGAAGUGGGUCAAUUAGGCAUCCAAAGAUUUUGCUCUAAACACAUGAACAAAAGCGUAGUUAAUAUAAAGGAUAUAGAAAUAUACAGUAUUUCUAUAAAUCUCUUUAGAUUGGUUAAUGAAAUUUUAAAAUUAAUAUUCAAAUAUUAAUUUGAUUAAAUAUCUUUAUUAAUGUAUUUGUUCAUUUUUAUCUUUAUUUAUUAGGAAGAAUUUGUACCACAAUCAGGAAACAAAGUCACAUGGUACAAUUGUGGCCCAACUGUUUAUGAUGCCUCUCACAUGGGUCAUGCCAGGUGGGAAAUAAAAUGUAACCCAUUAAAAAGUUUAGAGGCUGGUCUUGAUAACAGUUUAUUAACCAUAUCAGACCCCUUUUUAUUUUAUUAAUCUCAGCCCUAUACCCAAGAACAUUUUCCCAUAACAAUUAGAAAUUAUGAUCAAACUGUGCUCUGAAUAUUCUCAUAAAUUUAAGGGAUCUCUUUUUCCUCAGGACAUACAUGACAUUUGACAUCCUGAGAAGAGUCUUAAUGGACUACUUCAAUUAUGAUGUCUUCUAUUGCAUGAACAUCACUGAUGUUGAUGAUAAGGUGAGUUGAUUAAACACAUAGAAUGGUUCUACAGAGAGAAUUAAUAUUCUUACAAUUAAAAUCAUUACUACUUUACCAUUUUUGUUUAAAGUCAAGUGUUCAGACCAUCCAGUUCGGUUCUCUGCAAAGCUGUGUUGACUGACACUUAAAAAUAAACUAUGGUCGGAUGUAAUGAAUCAUCUUGUGGCAAGUUGCAGUACAAUGUUUAUUUAUGAAAUAUAUUACAAAUUCUUACAAUAACGAAAAACAGUAGUGAAAAAUAUACUUCAAUAGAGAAAAGAACACUAAACAUUAAUUUUUCAAAAAUUAUCAGAUCAUUGUCAGAGCUCGUCAGAACCACUUGAUGCAAAAGUACAUUGAGAGCAGCCCCAGGCCUGAAGUGUGGAAAGCAGAUGUCAAGGCUGCACUUGAGGUAAUCAUUCAACAGUUUUGAAAACUAUACUUUUGGGUUGUUGAUAUUUUUUUUCUGAUACAAUUCAAUCAAAAUAAAAUUUGAUAUGCACAGAUCGGUUCAGAUUUUCUAAAACUUGAAAGAACAAGAAAACCAUUUCAUAAGAUAAAAAUAAAAUAGUUCAGUGCAAGAAAUUCAGAAAUGCUGUGCAUUAUUAUUACUAUUCAUGAUUUUACACCUAGACAAUUAGUCUUUAACAUACAUUUUAAUUACAUAUUCAAUAUUGGUAAUGCCAGUGUAUUUACUUUCUUUAAAAAUAAUUAAAUAACUCCCAAGAUUUUAUAAAAGCUCAAAAUUCUAAUAACUUUGGUUUUCAUUUCUUAUUAUAAUUUCUAAGUCUUCAUGCAUAUCUCCAGGCCCUCAAAGCAAAGAUUGCCAGAGAGACAGACUCAGACAAACACAAAAUGUUGACACAAACACAGCAGAACGUUGAAGACCUUCUGGAAAAAGCAGACGCUGGACAAAAUGUGAAUAAUAUUAUAUAUAUACUAUUAUUUUUUAAAACUUUUGAACUAGGUUGCAAAGCUUAUCAGUUCAUAAGUGAGUGUCUUAGUCCUUAUUUUAAUUUCAAAAUUAUUUGGACAAAGUAAAGGUCUUGCUGCAGAAUUGGCUCUUAAUUUGAACUUUGUUAAACAAAUAGGUUGUUAAUCUGGAAGUACCUGUAUUCAAUUAUCUAAAUUAGGCAAUUUUGAGUUUCUGGGGCUGGGAAUGGUAAAUCAAGCUGACUUUUAAUGUUUUGUGAAAUGUUGCUUUUUGUUUUUGGUAAAUGAUUACAUUAAUUGAGAAAAGACUUUGUAAAACAUUGGAAAUACAAAUGUUUUAAGCACAGUUGGGCAAAAUCCAUAUUUCAAAGAAAUUUUAGCAGCAUUCAGAAAAUUGAAAUGUUGGUGCAUUUAACAAACAAAUAAAGUUGCAAUUAUAUUGAUGGUUAUGCUUUGCAGCCAGGUAAACUUAUAUUGUUAUGUUUUUAUUAUUUAACAAUACACUUAAUAGGUGAGUCUUUUGGAGUUCAAAGAUAUUUUGUCAUCAUGGCUUGACAAGCAGAGAGGUUCAACAGUGACAGAUAACAAAAUCUUUGCAGAUCUUCCACUUUAUUGGGAAGAAGAUUACCAUAAGGACAUGGAAGCCCUAAAUGUGAGUUGUUCUCAUGGAAGCUAGGCUAGGUAAUUGUAAAUGAAUAUAGUGUCUAUAUCAUGAGUAAAACACUUUUGUGUUAUGUCCAUCAUGAUAUAUAAUAAAAUAAUAAUUUUCAUGGCUAUUUUAAAAAAUAAAAAUGACUCUUGGAAGCAACACCCCAAGUAAAGAAUAAAUGGUAUCACAUCUUUUUAUUUGAAUUAUAUAAGGCAUAAUUAAAAAUAAAAACAAAUUUAUAAAUGUACACUGCCAAUUUUCGUUUUGAUUUGUAUGUGAUGAUUUCUUCACUCAGGUUCUCCCACCAGAUGUUUUGACUCGUGUAAGUGAAUACAUCCCUGAAAUUGUCAAAUACAGUGAGAAGUUGAUUGCCAAUGGCUAUGCGUAAGUUAGAAAAUAUUAUAUUUUUAGUUAUUUUGUUCAGUUGGGGGGCAGACUUAUAGCAUAAUUUUAUAAUGCAGUUUUUGAAAACCAAAAUUUGUGAAGUUUUUUAGCUCUAAAAAAAAAAAAAAUUUAAUGAAUCAAGUAAUGUUUUGUUACAUGAGUUCAUGUGAGUUUCUCUUGUCUGAUUUUUUCUUUGCUUUUAAAACAGAGUGAUGUUGACUUUACAAAGCAGUUGCUAGUUGUAAAGUUAUGUUGACUUUACAAGGCAGUCGCUAGUUGUAAAGUUAAUAAGAAAAGGUGACUCACAUAAAUAUAUAUUUUAUCUUUUCCAAUUAUUGAUUUUGUUUACUUUUGUUCAGGUACUCAUCCCACGGUUCUGUUUACUUUAACACCAAAGUUUUUAAUGCAACAAAUGACCACUUCUAUGCUAAAAUGGUACCUGAAGCAUAUGGUGACCAGAGGGCUCUGGCAGAAGGAGAAGGUAAUUACAUAUUAUUGUCGGUACUUAGUAUGGAAUGUCUUCUUCUUUGUUAAGCAGUAAGUAGAUUUAUUUAUUUUCAAAAAUGUGAAACAGGGAGAAAGUUUUUUUUCCAAUGAUGUGUUAUGUUCGGGAAAUUAAUUAAUCUAAAAUUGAAGUUACCUUCCCUUAUUAAUGCAAAAUGAAUUGUCUUGCAUGAAUUAGUUUAGCUCAUUUCAUUCAUUCGAUUUUUAAUUGACUUAUUUAAUGAUAACAGGUGAGCUGAGUGUAACAGAGGACCAGCAAACCGAAAAGCAUCAUCCUACAGACUUUGCUGUGUGGAAGGCUUCCAAACCAGGAGAACCUGCAUGGGACUCCCCAUGGGGAAAGGUGUGAUGCCCCUCCCAUACCUCAUUACCAAACAGUACAAUCUGCUGCUAGCUGUUUGUCAAAGUAUUCUGUGUACCAGACUUUAAAUAAAUUCUUCCUUCAGUAACUGAAUAAGACUAUUAAAUUAAUCCUUAUGUAGAAAAAACAACAACAACCUUUCUGAUGUUUUAAUAAUCAAAAUGGUGUUUUACAGUAAAGCUGUUUAGUGAAUAUGAAGGAUAACCCUGGUGUAACAAAGAAGUUUGUCAUUUAAAGUUUUUGUUUAUUAUGGAAACAAAUAUUGACUUAUUUGAUGACUAUAAUGUAUAUUUCUGAUUCAUGCUAACAGGGUCGACCAGGAUGGCAUAUUGAAUGCUCUGUAAUGGCCAGUGAUAUAUUUGGAGAGUCCAUGGACAUCCACUCUGGGGGUGUUGAUCUAAAGUUUCCACAUCAUGACAAUGAACUUGCUCAAGCUGAAGUAAGUCAGAUCCUUAACUAUUUUAUUGGAUAAAUAAAAGUUUAAAUUAAAUGUUUUUUUCUUCUUCAAUUUAAUUACACAUUUUUUUAGCGAGACCAUUAUCAAUAUUAUUUAAAAUUAGAAUAAACAGCUAAUUAAUCUAUUUAAAAUAAAGAUAAAAUUAAAUACAAUUAAAUCAGAAAGCAAAUUCACAGGUUAUAAUUAUAAAAAGAUUUUGCAAAUUCUUUCCAAAGGCAUAUUAUGAAAAUGACCAUUGGGUGCGCUACUUUGUCCACUUUGGGCAUUUAACUGUUGAUGGCUGCAAGAUGUCCAAAUCCUUGAAAAACUUUAUAACUAUUAAAGAAGUCCUGGAGAAAUACACUGCUAGACAGUUGAGGCUCAUGUUUCUCCUCCAUGCGUGGAAGGAAACGCUGGAUUACAGUGAGAGAACAAUGGAGAUGGGCCUGGAGUAUGAGAGGACACUCAAGGUAAAUGCUUAUUUUUUUCUUUGUACCCACCAGGGCGUUGAAAUCUUGAUGUCUUCAUUGACUAAUUUUCUUGUUCACUUCCUUUAAAGUAAAAUUGUUUUAAUAAGUGAGAUUUGGUACCCUCAUUCAAAGACUACACAAUUUUGUUAAGAUAAUAAUAAUAAAAUAAACUUACCUGUGCUGGUCACUGCAGUUAAAAAACUUGCAAAAUUUAAAUGAUUUGACUGCCUAUUGAGAAAAAUGGCUCCAAUGCAGAGUUGGCAACAGUGCAACAUGAGGCUGAUUUUGUGGCUAAAAAAAUAAUUUCAAAAUGUAAACUCCAUACAUCCAAUCAGUAUAGAAUGGGAGAUUUCUGUGAUUAACUGAACAUUAAUUUUUUGUAGAAAAGUGAAAGCGGCAUUGCCAUUUCUUUAAAUGCACCAUUGUUGGCUGCCAUGACAUGCCUUACCGGCGUACAUUAUUCACAGAAAAGUGUGAUUGGUGGUCAGAUUAGGGGAUUUAGCUACACAUUUGUAUGAGAUUUAAUGCAGAUCAAAUGUGUGUUUAGGCAGGUAUUGGAUCAUCCCUGUUUUAUAGCAUUAUGUAUCUAAUUAUAUACUUUAGAGAUUUGUCCGUUUCCCAUUGUGUGUAGGAGUUUUUCCUGAAUGUUAAAGACAGUGUAAGGUUGAUUCCAUCAUCUGGAGUUGGUGCCUACACUAAAUGGGGUGAAGAAGAGGUCAAACUAAAUGACAAAUUCCAAGAGAUGCGCAAGGAAGUCCAUAUUGCUCUUUGUGGUAAAUAAAUCAUUUUACUUUUUCAAAAUUUGUUUUAUGAAUAAAAUAAAUCCUGUUUGUUAGGUGGAAAGUCUUCAGUAAUUGAAACUCUGAGAUUUAGCAUCUGUCUUAUGAAUUACAUUUAAAAAUGAUGCCAUAAUGAUAGCUAAAUCAAAUACAAAUUAUAUAACAUAUGCUGGUUGUUGCUUUUUUUUAUGCUGAAAAUAGCCUAUUUAAAAAAAUAAUAAGUUGACACAUAAUAUUUAUCCACUAUAUUAACUUAACCUCUGAGAGUCUUAAGAUUGUAAAUUUUAAAAACCCAUUAAACUUUAGCUGAAUGCUUGUACUGCUCUAAUGAAUAUUGAGAGUUUUAUUUACCAUAACAAAAUAAUCAACACUUCUCUAGAUAACAUUGAUACUAGAAGUGUUAUGGAGCACCUUCGAGAACUUAUGUCUGCUGGAAACACAUACAUGUCAGCUGCACGUACAAGCCACAAACAAGUUAACAGAAGAUUAUUGUGGAAUGUUGCUGCAUACAUUACAGAUAUAUUAAAGGUAAACUCACUAUUCCAUCAUUUUUUCUGUGUGCUCCAAUUCAGGAUACAGAUUUUCAAGGUUUUCAAUAAUGAUGUCGCAAUACUUAUAAAAGGACAUACAAAAAAAAGCACAAAAUAAGUCAAGCUAGUUCAUGUUUAAUUUAAUUUUUUUGUUACAGAUAUUUGGUGCUAUUCCCAAAGAGCAAACCAUUGGAUUCCCAAUGGAUGACAUGCAGGGAGCAAAUGUAAAUAUCUUUAAACAUUAAAAAUAAAAGGAUGAAAAGGAAUGUUAUUCUUUGACUUUUUUUUUUUUAAGCCAGGAAAGUAACUGACAUCUUUAAAAAGUAAAGGUACAAAGAUGAAAAUAGGAUUACUGAGAAAUGCCUGGGAGGGGAAAGGCAUGGAUAAGAGGGCAUUAAUGAGAGAGAUAUGGGUGAUAGAAGAAGAGGGGUGAAAAGAGUGGGAAAAUGUAAUUAUAGGUUUUCUAGGGAGCGACAAGUAUAUUCCACUUGUUCUGUUGUAUAAUUAUUGCAAGCCCCUCUGGUAUAAUGAUAUUUUAAAUUUUAUUUUAGUAUGAAGAAACAGUGAUGCCAUUCGUCUCAGCAUUUGCUGACUUCAGGAGGAAAAUCAGAUCACAUGCCAAGGCAACCAAACGUAAGUGUUAUAAUUAUCUGUGAAAUUAGAUACAUACUUUUUAAAACGUUUAAUUUCACAAGUUUGUAAUGGUCAUUGUUCGACAGUUUCUGCUAAUCUGAAGAGCUGGAAUUUAAUGCACUGCUUAGUCUCGGGUACAUUAUGAUAUUUGAGAUCUUGAUGAAUCCUCAAUCUAUCCAUUCUGAAAUAUUUCAAUUUGUGGCUAAAAGAUAAUCAGAGAAGUGUUAUCAUUUAUAACACUUCUCUAAUUGCGUUACUUCAGUAGCACACUUAAAUCACGAGGCUGGAAAGGUGGUAGUAAAGGGUUUGAUUUUCAAUAUGUCCAAGUUUUAAAAAAAUAUAUUUUCUUAAAUUUAUUACUCAACUAUAAAGACAAAAAAUUAAAAGUUUUGUUGGAAAAAGGGGGCCUACUCAGUUUUUCCUAUUUGUUUCGUGUAAGUUUUUUUUAUUAGAGGGAAUUCCAAGUAAAGCAAUGAGCUUAAUUAACGUCCUUGCCAGUCUUAUUUAAGGCUGAAUAUCUUUUUAAAAAAUACUUUGGUAAUGAUAUUCGGGUUAUGUUUAUGAUAUUUUGCGUUAUUUUUUAUAGAGACUGACAUCCUAAUGGAGUGUGACAAAGUCAGAGAUGAUGUAUUACCAGAUCUUGGUGUCAGACUUGAAGAUCAUGAGGGGACAACCACUGCUAUAAAACUUGUUGGAAAAGGACACUGGUAGAAACUAGGAAAGAGAAAAACAAAGUUCUGUAUUUAAUUGUGUUAGUUCAAUUUUAGGCCUAUAUAUAAUUUAUGAUUCAUCAGAUUCCAAUGUACACUAAUCACAGAAUCUCUUACUCAUUAAGUAAUAAAAGGAAAAUAACAUUCUUUGUCACUUCAGGUUUACAAAACAUUUCACUUUGUUACAUUAGGUUUACAUUAUACAUUUAGUAUACAGAUAAUUUUUUAACCUUAAUUCAGAUGCAAUAAAUACAAUGGUCUAGACUUCAAUAGAUAUUCUUCUUCUUGGCUUCAACUGCUAAUCUAAUUUUAGAAAUAAACUUACAGAGUAUUAAGAUGUUAAAAUGAAAAUCUUUUCUAUUUAUAUACUGUUUGUUAGAAAGUAAGAGCCCAUAUUUUAAGUCAAUGAUUUCAAUAAAUUUCAUUGAACUUUUGAAAACACACUACUUAAACAGAAAAAUAAAAAGGUUACAAUUAUUAUGAUAAUUUGAGCAGUUUCUAAUAUCCUGACCAUAGACACUAUUUUUAGGCAUCCAUAAUUUAUUUAAUGACAGUUUGUAAAUUAAUUGACAAGGACUAGGAAAAUCAAACAACAUUGAGAAUUGAUUAAAUAUUAUUUCAUUAGGUAAUCUUUAUUAUCCAAUCUUGGUUUUGUUUUUUGACUAGAUAGCACUUAUGAAUAGAAGUAGAAUGUCCUUCAAUCAUAAGGAAAAAUAAUGUUACAGCUGAAUCAGCACUCGGGUGAAGGAAUUGAGAAGGAGCAAAUAAACAAUACUUUAACAAUGAAAUAAUAAUCAUCACUGACUUAUAACAUUUUGUCACUCCACUCACAACAUUUUGUUCCUUUAGAAGUUAAUUUUUGUUUUUUUCAUGUGUGUGCUUAGCAUUUGUAUGAUAAUUAAUAUGCCUAUAUAUGUUUUGAUAAAUAUGAUGAUUUGCUUACAUUAUUCUUUAAGAGCUAGACUUUUUGUUUUCUUUUUACACCUUAUAUAUAAAUAAAUUGCAAAAUGUAUGUCCCAUCGUGAUUCAACUUUUGCUCCCUUUUCUAAACAUUUAAAAAUAUCAGCCCAGAGCUGGGAGUUUGAUUAAGAAGAUGUAAAGAUCGUUGAAAGAGAGAAAUUAAUUUUUAAAAUUGUUUUAUGGGUAUAAAUAAUUUUUAAAGUUUUUGAAAUGGAUUAUUUAAUUUUUUAAAUUGUUGAUAGACGGUAAUAAAUUGAAUCUAGUGAUAGAAAUUUAUUAGUGUAUAAAUAAAUUUCAAGCUGAUAAUGAUGCCUUUAUAAUUUGUACACUUGUUCGUUUUCCGUUCAACUUUGUACAAUUUUUUUAAUAAGGGCUUAUUUAAAUUAAAUGGCUUAAUGCUGAAGUAUAUAUUAAAACUUUUCUUGAAAAUAGUGUUUUAAUAGUUAGCGUACUAUUUUUACAAUAUGCUUGCAUAAUACUCAAUUGAAGUUUAUAAUAAUAGAUAAAAUAUUGAUGGCCAAAGAGUGUUAAAAUAAAUUAGGAUGUUUUUGUAUUUGUUUAAUUUUAGUCCCUGUCUAGUAAUGUUAAUUCAAUUUUAUCAAAACUGACACUUUUUAGUUUAUAGUAAAAAAAAAUAUUUUUUUAAAAACUUUAAGCCAUUUGUCUCCCUUUGAAACAUUUGCUAAUUUUAAGUUUCACAACAGAAGAGGAUUUUAUCAAAUCUAAUCUUUUGAGCUAAUGCAGAACUUAGCACCAUGAAAUAAAUACCAAUCUCAGCAUCCUUGGCACUUUCAGUAAACUGACACUGAGCCUCGUUGUAACCUUCAGUUAAGUGCCAGUUAAGCCUCCAUAGUACCUUGCCAGUCUUAGCUUAUUGUAACCUUCAGACAAGUGCCAGUUAAGCCUCCUUAGUACCUUGCCAGUCUUAGCUUAUUGUAACCUUCAGACAAGUGUCAGUUAAACCUCUAUAGUACCUUGUCAGUCUUAGCUUUAAGUAUGUUCAAUAAAAUAUGUAAAUUAAAUAUAAAUUUAGGCGUUUUUAUUAUUUUUUGAAAACUUUAUUGUGUGUAUAUUGUUUGUAUUAGGUUCUGCUACUUAUACUCAAAUGAGACAGUCACGUG